GUUAUUUCUAUUAACUGAUCUCGUAUUUGUAUGAAUCCUAUCUCACAUCCUUUGUCGGCGCUUUCCAGUUGAAAUGAAGCACAACAACGUUAUCCCCAAUGGGCACUUCAAGAAGCAUUGGCAGCAUUAUGUCAAGACAUGGUUCAACCAGCCUGCCCGGAAAACCAGGAGAAGGAUCGCGAGACAGGAGAAGGCUGUGAAGAUAUUCCCCCGACCCACUGCUGGACCUCUACGACCUGUUGUGCAUGGACAAACCCUCAAGUACAACAUGAAAGUUAGAGCCGGAAGAGGAUUUACCCUUGAAGAACUCAUGGCUGCAGGUGUCCCCAAGAAGCUGGCCCCGACUAUCGGUAUAGUGGUCGAUCACCGACGCAAGAACCGUUCCUUGGAGGGACUUCAGACCAAUGUCCAGAGGCUGAAGACCUACAAGGCCAAGUUGGUCAUCUUCCCCCACUGUACCCGCAAAGUCAAUGCUGGAGAUUCUGCUGCGGAGGAGCUUGCGAACACCUCCCAGAUGCAAGAAGUAUACAUGCCGAUUGUGAGGGAGAAGCCGGCAUUGGAGUUUGUGAAGGUUGCAGAGGGCAUGACAUCAUUCAAGGCUUAUGACAAGGUCCGUCUAGAGCGUACGAUCGAACGUCAUGUCUAUGCCAGAGUUAAGAGAGCUGCCGAGGCCGGGAAAGAAGAGAAGAAGUAA